AUGGGUAGCGGUGCUAGUAACAAUGAGAGUUCAAGGGAAAAACUUGAAGAAGAAGUGAAUUUAAUGACACCUCAUCUACCUGUUGCCGAAUUUCUCAAUGGUGGUAUUAUUCGAUUAACGGGUUUUCUCAACUUUUUUAAUCCUGAUUCUCUACUCGAACCAUCUUGGCUCAAAGGCAAACUAACAUUAGACGACUAUCGAGCAGCUAUUAAAUAUAUCAACACAUGUGCGAUUCGUAGUCAAGUUGACGAUCGAAAUCUCGUUCGAAGCUUGACUAUAUCUAAGCGUGAACAAGCGAAAGCCGAAGCAUGUACUGCAGCUGUAACAGAACUCAAUCGCCGAUAUGGAUCAGUCCGUUUUACCUAUCAACAGGGCAUUAAAAACGUGUCAUUUCACACCAUUUGGUCUUCAUCGUGGAAUAUUCACAUCACUCCGCUGUCGGAUGGUAGUGCACGAAAAGGUCCAGAAUCCUAUAUUUAUAUUAACGUAAACUAA